AUGUCUUUAGCAAUCCCCCAGGCCUCCCAGUCGGGGCUUUUUAAGCCUGGCUACAGCAGCUAUGACGCCGAGGACGGUGCCGUGAUUCGAAAUAUCGAUGCCUGCAGAACGAUUGCCCAGACCGUUCAAACCUCACUCGGCCCAUAUGGCCGCAACAAGAUCGUCAUUAACCAUCUGGCUAAGAUGAUUCUGACUUCCGACGCUGCUACGAUCCUUCGUGAACUAGAGGUGGUGCACCCCGCCGCAAAGUUGCUGGUCAUGGCCAGUCAACAACAAGAGGCGGAGAUGGGAGAUGGCACCAAUAUGGUCAUCGUUCUGGCUGGUGAAUUGCUCAAGAAAGCUGAAGAGUUAAUACGGAUGGGCCUAAAAACGAGCGAUAUUGUGUCUGGGUAUGAGAAGGCACAGGCAUAUGCCCUGAAGUGCUUAGAAGACUUGGAAGUUGACACUGUCUCCGAUGUUCGCUCCGCCGACGAACUCAGCAAAGCGCUCCGGACCGUCGUUGCUUCCAAACAAUCUGGCUCCGAGGAUGUCAUUUCGCAGUUGAUCGCCCAGGCCGUGCUGGCAGUCCUACCCAAGAACCCGGCAAAUUUCAACGUCGACAAUGUCCGUGUGGUUAAAAUCAUGGGCGGUGACCUCGCAUCCUCCAAAGUCGUCAAGGGAAUGGUCUUUGGCCGCGAACCCGAGGGAUCGGUGAAGCGAGCGAAGAAGGCCAAAGUGGCUGUGUUCUCGUGCCCGAUCGACAUAUCCCAGACGGAAACAAAGGGAACUGUUCUCCUGAAAAAUGCAAAGGAGAUGAUGGCAUUCUCCAAAGGCGAGGAAGCACAGCUCGAGAAUGCCAUUCGGGAAAUCUAUGACACUGGGGUCCGCGUGCUCGUCGCAGGUGCAACUGUGGGAGAACUAGCCAUGCACUACCUCAACCGGAUGGGUAUCCUCGUGAUCAAAAUUAUGUCGAAGUUCGAACUCCGACGCCUGUGCAGUGUGUGUAACGCCACGCCGCUAGCCCGCCUCGGAGCACCAAUGCCCGACGAAAUGGGCAGCAUCGACAUCGUGGAGACUACUGAGAUCGGCGGUGACAGAGUGACCGUCUUCCGCCAGGAGUCUGACACCGCAACAACACGUACGGCGACCAUCGUGCUGAGAGGCGCGACCCAGAACCAUCUCGACGAUGUGGAGCGCGCUAUUGACGACGGCGUUAACGUCAUCAAAGCGGUCACAAAAGACCCUCGGCUGGUUCCGGGUGCGGGUGCGACGGAAAUGCAACUGGUGGAGAGAAUCAGCCAUUUUGCAGACAAGACGCCAGGCUUGCCGCAGUAUGCUAUCAGAAAAUAUGCCGAGGCGUUCGAGGUAAUCCCAAGAACAUUGGCGGAGAGUGCCGGACUGGACGCCACGGAAGUGGUAGCAAGGCUGUACACGGCCCAUCAACGCCGGGUCGGCUCCAGCGAGGAGGUGAAACGCCGCAAGCAGGAAAACGGCGAACAAGACGAAAGUGACGAGGACGACGAUGACGAAGAAAACGACGAUGACGACGACGACUCCGCAGAAUCCGACGAAUCUGAAGAGCCUUACUGGACAACAGGCGUUGAUCUGGAAGUCAGCGACCCGUCCGGCGUGCUGGAUGCCCUAGAAGAAGGUAUCCUGGACCUGAUGGUGUCCAAGUCAUGGGCGAUCCGACUGGCCACUGAAGCAGCAAGGACGGUCCUGAGUGUAGAUCAGAUCAUCGUUGCGAGGCAAGCUGGAGGACCCAAGCCACCCGGGCCGAACCCGAACUGGGACGAAGACUGA